UGGCUAGAUUGGGAGUCGGGCGGCAGCGUCGUCAUCGAGGCUUGGCUUUGGGUUGUAAGAGAGUGCCGGGAUUUCCAGUUGCACGGGCAAAGCCCCACAGCGGACUCUUGGGAGCGCCUACUGUCAAUCACCCCCCGAAAUAAGCAACUACCUACCACAUCCCUGGCGCUAUCUCGCCUCGAUUCAGACUCCCAAAACGUCAACGGCGCGGCAACCUCGGCCACUCUCUUUUUUUAA